CGUAGAAAGAGAUCAGGAUCUUUAGUUUUAUUUUGAAUGAAGCUGAAUGACUCUAUGCUUGUGUGUUGGUUCUGCACACAUGCCUCUAUUUGCUCAGAGGAAAGACAGGAAGAAAUAGAUGAACUGAACUCAACCAUGGAGACAACAGAUUAGAAAAUUAUCAAGAAAUUUAUGGUCAUGGGUGGAGAUUUUUCGAAUCAGGACGGAACGGGAGGAGAGAGCAUCUACAGGGACAAGUCUGAAGAUGAAAACUUUUACCUUAUGCAUGACAGAGAAGGGCUGCUCAGCAUGGCGAAUCCCGGCACCGACACGAAUGGCUCACAGUUCUUUAUAACCACGUUUCCCACACCACACCUGGACAGCAAACAUGUUGUCUUUGGCCAGGUGCUGAAGGGAAUGCGGGUGGUGAAGAUGCUGGAGGAGAUAGAAACAAAGGACGACAAUCCAGUCAAGCCCUGCAUCAUUGCUGAAUGUGGAGAACAUAAAGAAGGGGAUGACUGGAGCAUUGCACUGAAUGACGGCUCGGGAGACACAUACCCAGACUUCCCCGAGGACUCUGACAUGGACUUUAAAGAUGUCAUUAUAUUUCUGUAUUUUCACUUGCAUAUAUCCUAGAUAUCACCUGUUCCAUAAAAUGCAAAAAAAAAAAAAAAAAAUUGGACGUUUUCUUUUUAGGCAAAUAAAGUCUUGUCUGUAGCAGAGGACGUGAAAAACAUCAGGAAUAACUUCUUCAAGGCUCAGAACAGAGAGUCGGCCGUCAAGAAAUAUUCAAAAGCUCUCAAGUAAACACUUGUCAAGUCUGCCAUUAAGCCCCAUUUUUACAUUACGCUUGCACCGUGACAUUAAAGAGACAGCUUUUCACACUUGAUUUCAAUUUGUCAGACCUUUUUAAACAUGCUGUUAGAGCUGAGUUUUCUUCGUAAGUACCCGUUUGAUAUGCAAGAUUUCUAACUGUGUAAUCCAAAGUGAGGGUUGCUGUACCACACUGUGACUACGGCACGUCCGUGUGCAUCAUUGUAACGCAGCAGUGUCACUGAAGGCUAUUUUGGUCCACAGGUAUCUAGAGAUUUGUGGCAACACCUUAGAUGAUGAUAGCGCCCAAAAGAAGCUGGAGCUCACAGCCCUG